UAAGCCCCGAUGCCGUCUCUCGGACCGUGCAAAGUCCGGGCAGAGAGCGGGGCUGGUGUUGCAGACUGGCGAAGGAGCUGGGAGGGAUCGCUGCUGCGCCAACACACCGGGACAGGGGAGGGCAGCUUGCUGCACCGCUCCUCUCUGCUGAGCCAUGGGGGCCCGGCUCCUGUUCCGUGCUAUCAUCAUGGGCCCUCCCGGCUCGGGCAAGGGGACCGUGUCCGAGCGCAUCGUCAACACCUUCGGGCUCAAGCACCUGUCCAGCGGAGAGCUGCUGCGGACCAACAUCAAGAAUGAGACAGAGUUUGGUUUGCUCGCCAAGUCCUUUAUUGAUGAGGGAAAGCUGGUGCCAGAUGAUGCAAUUACAAAAAUCAUACUACAUGAACUGAAGCAAAUGACCCAGUACAGCUGGCUGCUGGAUGGGUUUCCCAGGACACUCCCACAAGCAGAAGAGCUGCAUAAAGUUUUCCAACCAGACACGGUAAUUAACUUGAAUGUCCCAUUUGAGACGAUCAAAAAACGACUGACAUCUCGCUGGAUUCACCCAGGCAGUGGUAGAGUGUACAAUACUGACUUCAACCCUCCUAAAGUAACAGGACUUGAUGAUCUCACUGGUGAACCUUUGAUUCAGCGUAAUGAUGACAAACCAGAAACUGUCACUUUGAGACUCCAGGCAUAUGAAGAACUAACGCAGCCUGUUUUGGAAUACUAUCGGAAUAAAGGCAUUUUAGAAGUCUUUUCGGGAACAGAAACCAACAAGAUUUGGCCUCAUGUGCAGGCUUUCCUCAGCAAGAAGAUACCAACAAUUUCUUAAAGAGUGCAGCUGUAAAAAGAUAGCAGAGAACCUGGUAGCACCUUGACUGGUCAUCUCACCAGCUCCAGAAGGGAGAAAAUUUGAAAUGGUUUUUUGAUUGCAGUCUUAAAAAAAAAUUGAUUGUGGAUUUUUAAAAUGAGUAUUUCUCAGAAAUACAAAUUUAGUUUUCAAAAAAGGUUUUAAAUUUUUCAUGUCUGACUGGAGUAAACCAGCAAAACUUUCUUAAUUGAGAACUGCGAAAGGUUUGUUUACAUAGCUGAUCAUUUGAUGUACUAUUGAUUCUAUUUUAAAUGACCAAUACUUGACAUGAUUAAUUAAAACCCAGUUGGAAGGGCAUCCUCUGAAUGGUUAACCAGAAACAUUUGAAUUUGGCACUUUUCCAAAUGAGAGAGGAAGAGAAGAAAUAAGUCUUUACAUGUGGUCACAUUGAUACCUGAGGGCAGCAAGUUAUUCAGUUGAUUGAAAGUGAGGCAAAUUACUCUCCAGCAGUUGACCAAUUCAUUUGUGCUUUCUGAUUUCACUUCUGUGGAAGUUAUAAACUGAAAUCUGAUAUAGGACAGAAAAUCAUGUUCUUGGUCACUCAGAGGUGUCCUCAAUCAUGUCCAGUAGCAUAGCUCCCUUUGUUGAGUGGAUGUACUGUACUUGUGUGACUGACCAUACCAGAUUAGCCCAGUGGCAAGGGGAACUGAUUUUCACACUUUGCAUACAAACAAUAGAUGCAUAGGAGGGUGCAGUGGAGUAAGGAAGGGGAAACUGUUAACCCUCACUUAUCUGUGAAGGAUUUUCAGUAUUUUAAAUUUUAUUUUCAAACUCUUGUACAUGCAGUGUUUUUUCUUGAGUACAAAAAAUACUUAAGGUGCAGCAGGAACCUGUGUUCUUUUUAAAAUGGAGAAACCAGCAUUACAAAGUGUGUUUUUGUACUUGGACAAUUAAAUCUAAAUGUACAUAACAAAGUUUUACUCUGAACAACCUUUUUAAAAUUUUAGAAUUGUAUAAAAAAUGUUUUAGAUGAAAGUAAGUCACUAAUCUUGUUCUUGGUAAAUUACAUUUCAUGGGAAGAAAUAGUGAGAUCUGUAUUAUUGAAUUGUGCUAACUGCCUAACUCCAUAGCCUUGAUAUAAGCAUAAAAAAAUUGAUGUUUCGAAGGAAGGCAGCUUGUGAGUGGCCUCCUCCAGCUAAUUUACACGCAGCAUUUUAGGCAAGGUGGUAACUAAGCAACCAAUCUAGCUUGUUUCGGUGUCCUCCCAAGCUUUGAACUAUCUUCACAGUUCCAGUCUCCUAUCACAGCAGGAAAUCUGAAGCCAGUGAAAAGUACUUUACAAAACACAAUGGUUAUGGGGCCUUCUGUCUUACAUGUAAAUGAAAUGUCACAUCUUGUGCUGAGUCUGGUGAUUUUGGCUCUGAUGCUUCCUCCUGCUAUAUGCUGCUCCCCUAUUGUAAGCAAGAACACACAUUUUAUAGGUGUCUAUUUUUUGAGUAGCCCAGGAAUAUCCAGAAUGAGCGUAACCACAGGACCAUGUAUUCAGAGAUGCAAGUUUUAUUGUGGAAUGUAAAACAUUUCUGGACUUUUUUGACAUACAAAAGUAUGUUGUUUGUGCUUUAUGCUGCAAUAUUUUAAUUUUGGUAAGUAUUUCAAUUUUUGACCUGGUUUUUCUCUUGCAAAAAAUAUUUAAGUUUUCAACAUCCUCUGUUCCAUAAAGCCUGGACUCAACAAAGUCGAUCAAUUUUCCUCUUAAAUUUUAAUUGGCCAGCAUCCCCAGUUUUGAGGGAAGAGUACUCCAAAAUGUUUUCAUCCGUGUGUGAGAGCUUUACUUAAUUAGUUAAUCCAUUUAGAAUAAAAUCAAGAUAAGGCCCCUUACUCUGGGUUCUGCAACCAGAAGAAAUAAUUCUGGUGCAUUUGCCCUGUCUUUCAAAUCCUUCUAUCAUCCACAUUCUACUUGUUUUGCAGUAAUGAACAUGCUAUCUCAUUGAUUGUCUCACUGUGCAAUUUUCUAUCUUCAUUGACAAGAAUAUUUCACUUUCGCUACUAAUGAGUACUAUUCAAAUUCCAUCUUUUAUCAAGAAAGCAAGGUAGAGGCUAAACAUUGAAAGAUGCAUAAUUCAAAGAAAAAUCAACAUUUUUAAGCAUUACUAACAUAGAAGGAAUCUUGGUCUUCACUGGUUAGAUAUAGGAACCUUUGUUCUCAAAUAUCCUUUUUCAUAUAAAUGAUUUUUAAAGAGUUAAAUAAAAUAAUUAGUCAAACUAAGUUACUAUCAGAUUCUAUGUCAUGACUAAAUGUUUAUGUACAAUAGAUCAAUAAAAUCAAAAAGGCAUCUCAAUUAUUUGAUCUUUGAUUUUUGUGUAUGUCUCUCAUUGUUACAGUAGGUUGUUUACAGUGCACGCAAAAAUAGUUCAGGGCUAUUAGUAAUUUGGUAUCAGGAUUGAAGCAAAUAAUACUGCUCAUUCAUGAAAUACUUUUGAAGUGGAUUAAUGUAUUAUAUAAGUGGCUGCAGUCUUUUUUUGAUAACCAGUUUUUUUUUGAGAAACAAAAACAGAAAUUGCUGGGAAAAGUUCAACAGGUCUGGCUGCAC